GGUGGUGUUCUACUACUUCUCUUCUCUACCUUAUCAUAAAAAGCCAGAAACGAAUGAUUCACAUUAGCCAACACUAAACGCCGCUCUACAACUCUCUCUGUCUUCUUUCUUACUUACUAAUAUAUGGCUUCGGAUGAGACCAUGACCUUUCUCUCUUCCUUACACGAAGAGGAUUUUGACGAUGACGAUGACGAUGAUGGAUUUGAUGACCAUCAUCUCCGACAACCUCAUCCCCACAACUUGUCGAGGCUGUCAGUGUGUACCAGCAGCACCUUUGGCGUAGACGACAACGACGAUGAUGUUAACAAUCUGGCGUCCAUGUGCGUGUCACAGUUGUCCAUAGAGAGCUUUGAUGCAGACGGGGAGUUAUCAGACGGGAAGGAGUUAUCCUCGGAUUCAGAAAACGAAUCGGGAAGUUGUUACUCUUUGCCUUCCACGCCCCCUCAGAGGAGGAAAGAGGUUAAGGAGUACGCGAGUGACAAUGGAGGAGAGGGAAAGGGCACGAAGAAGAAUGAUCCUCGGAGGAGGAAGAGGAGAAUGAGGAGAGAGAGAUGGGGGUUUGAGUUUGAGGAAGUGGAGAAGAGUAAGAGGAAAGAGGAGGAGCAUGUGGGUCAAGGGUUAAGUGGAGAGAGUGAUCAAAGUGGGGUGAUGGUAAUAACCAGGCCAAAAGGUGGGAAAAGGUCUCUCUGCAUGGAUUUGGAGGAAGUAAAAGCUUGCAGAGAUCUUGGGUUUGAGUUGGAACACGAACGCAUGCUUGAGAUCCCUUCUCGUCUCUCUUUCUCCAAUUCAACUUUUGAAACUAGCAGUGGUAGCAACUCUCCCAUCGCCAAUUGGCGUAUCUCUGCUCCAGGUGAUGAUCCGAGAGACGUGAAGGCUCGGCUGAAGGUGUGGGCGCAGGCGGUGGCACUGGCAUCUGCAUCAAAAUACAGCACAUGAAUUCGAUUUUCCCCUAAUUCCUAUAUACUCGUUUCCUCUCAGAGACUAUAUAAUAUACUAUACUAUAGGGUACUAUAACACAAGUUUUUUAAUUUUGUUCUCACUAUGAUUAUUGGUUAUAUAAUUUUGUUGUAGAAGUGUUGAGGUUGAUUUGAGGUGGAAGUUUCUUUUUUGAGUGGUGGUCGCUUUUGCUGUGUACAGUAGUGUUUUAAUGAGAUGAAAAGGCCUUGAUGAAAGAAAUUAGGGUGUGAAUAGCCAAUAAAAAUAUGUAAUACAAAAAAUGUGAAUUGAGAAAGGUGGAACUUUUAUGGGAAUUUUGGAUUCAUAUACA